GCCAGUAGCGACGGGGUAUCGCUUCAUCGCUGCGUGUGUCUGCGGAGAUGAGCGGCGCGUCAGGACGAGAGAGGAAAACACAACCGAGCAGCAGAGGGUGAGGUCUGCCAGGCUCAGUCAGCGAAGACAGAAACAACUGCGAGGCUUUUUUCUGUCCUGAAGUGAGGAGCCCUGCGGUCCGCAAAGAAGCUUCUGUUCGUUGUUGUUUCGGUGGAAGAGCCUGAAUACAGAAACGUCUGCCGGAAUGGAGCCCCGCCGCUAACGGAGAUUCCCGAGCUCCCCUGAUAACAACAGGUCUUAUCCGUAGAGCCCAUCUUCCCCUCUAAAAUCUUUAAGCAACCGACAAAGAGCUGGAGACGAGACGAUCAAGCAUGGAUGUGCCCAGGAUGGCUGAGGGCCUCUUCAGCAGCACGCUGUCCUCGUCGGGCGGUGGCCAUCAUGUGCCUUCCUACCUGACGCUGGAGCAGAAGGCAGCAUUUGUCUUCGUGCUGCUGCUUUUCAUCUUCCUGGCCCUGCUCAUCGUGCGCUGUUUCCGCAUCCUGCUGGACCCCUACCGCAGCAUGCCCUCAUCCAACUGGACAGACCACACAGAGAAGGACACAUUCGAUUAUCGCAUCGUCUGAGGAGCCCUCAGUGAGGGUGCAAAAAUCUGAAAAUAAAAAAUCAAAUAAAUAAAUAAAAGACUUAUUUGAUGCUUAAAGAGCACUUUGGCCCUAAGAACAAAUGACUGCUACUUCUCCAGGAAAAUAACAGCUUUCAGAAAAUCUUCUGAAAGUUCAGACAGAAAAGAAUUUCGAUGGCGGACUGUCAUCAAAACGAGCGCUAAUCAGAGUUCAACAGCUUCUCCCUGCCAAAUCAGAAAAUUCUCAACUAUAACAAGACAACCAGAACUAUGCUGUAAGAUUAUUGAUCAAACCACAAACUACCAUGACCCUCAGUCCAAGUGAUGCACCAGAGCCAGUUAUGGUUGCCAUAUUUCCAUUCCAUUUCCCUGCUGUCAGUUCUCUUGUGGACUACCUCGUUUCUCCUCCAUCUCAUGUGUGGAAGUCUUAGCAUUUUCUAACAUCUCUCACACAGGGUCGAAUAUCUUUUGUUAUCCAAGGCAGUUGGAUAAAAACAGUGUUUACAUCUUAUCACGUUUACUUCCUUAGAUUUUUAUUGAUAAUGUAGACAAUCAGUGUUAAAAUAGUUAGUGAAAAAGUACUUUGCAGAGUAAAUAGUUGAGGUUUUUGAGGUCUUUUUUUUUAGCGUAUUUUGUCUUAAUUUGUGGACAGACACGAGAGGUCCAAAAGACUUUGUAUAACUGAUUUUAGGCGGUUCGGUUUAGGCGAAGAGGAAUUCAAUGCCUUAUGUGUUUGUAAGAAUUCUGAUCUGGUCGUUACCUUUUAGAGAGUUAGGUAAGACUGGUAUCAAGGUCAUAAAGCAGGUUAAAUAAUCUCAAAUAAUGAAAAUGUAGUGGAAGUUCUCCCUUUAACGUUUUGAGAAGGUGUGGACAGAUAGUUGCCAGCAGUGAGCUAACUAUAACUGUUCUGUGUGUCCGAUAGAAAACAAGUUGUCCUUUCAGUCUUGGAGGGGCCCAAGGUGUCCACGUCUUUAGAUGUCAACAACCAAAAGAGUUAUUGAAGAAAAAAACGUUUACUGUGCUGUACCGUGUGCCUAAUUUGAAAAAAAAGAAAAACUGUUUAGAUUGAUGUUUUAGGAAAAAGAAAGAAAAUGGGUUCACAUUUUUGUCUUCAAAUGUAUUUUUUUUGUGUGUUGUGCCCAUUUAAAGAAACAGCAUUUUACUGCCUGCAGUUGGUAUAUUGACAGUUGGUAUGCCAGAGAUGCAGAGUGUUGAUGGUGAAUACGACGAUGCAUUUUCACAUCAAACCCUUUACGAACUGAUGUUGUGGCUCUUUUGUUGGGCAAUUUUUCAACUGUGCGCCUUAUAGUGUAGAUUGUUUACAGUAUCGUAGGUAGCGGAGACACUGGAAAUCAGCCAGUCACUGAUGCGACUGUGUCUUUGCACUUCACGGAGAUGUCAUACAGCCUGCUAAAAAGAAAAAAAAAAACCUUCCCUGCUCUUGUUCCUGUCGGGACAGGAAGUGAACUCUGACCCUUUCGACGACAUGUGAUGUUCUUGUGAUCUGCUGUGGCCUUUUCCUACCUAUCGCAGAUGUUGCGACGUUGUGCUGAGGUGAUGUGUUUUGGGUUUUUUUCCCCGCAUGUAUUUCUUGCAGAGUAACCUCUCCGUGCAUGAUAAAUGGUGAAGUGCUUUAAUCCUGAUGUUGUAGCUGUGGGUCAGUUGCUCAAGCAGCUAUUUCCUGUCUGUACUGGAGCCUUUUGUUUUGAUCUGUUUUUCGCCUGGAGCCGCCGUUCGUUUUGUAAUAAAAAUGAUCAGAGUGCA